AUGAUUGACCAACUUCUAUUUAUCCAUGCAGGGCAACCUAUUGCGCCAACACCCUUACCUGGGCUACCAUUAGGCACCCACCUCACCAUUGCUGACAUCGGGAUCGGUAGAUCUAUCAGCUGCUCGGCCAAUGUCACCAUUGAUUCUACUGAUAUUUCCAACACAGCUGUGCUCUGCUCCCCCGCUGUAAGGCCACUUUGCGUACACGCUUCUGGGUUCUGUUGCGAGCCAAGACUCAUCCACCAGCACAAUUAUCAGCACAAUCGUUCAUCGAGUAUUUAUCAAAAAAACUGCAUUAUAAGGAGGAUGCAUCCAUCCAUCUGUCCUCAAGCAGUCUCACAUCAGCCAGUGCAGAGGGACAGCACUCACCCCAUUUAUUCAAACACAGCACCUCUGCUUCCCCUUCCUCUAUCUUCUAAUCUUGCAUUGAAUAAGACCAAUUUACAGACUAAUUUACCAAACCAAACUUCUCUGGGCCUUCAAUUUAUCCCGGAACGGAAACAAUUCACUCGGAAGAUGAUUCAUGCACUCGACGCCUCUCAGAAAAGCAAAUGCUCCCGCCGUCGUCAGAGACUCAGCGAGGAGGAUAUUGAACAAUCUUUCAGAGAAACUAUCUCAAGCACAACGGCUACCUCCUCUCCUUCAGUUUCCGCCGCAUCCAUCGAGUCCACCACUCUAGUCAGCGAGUCUGUAAAUCAAGUUAGUUGCGGCAAUCCAUAUGCAAUCUAUGCAGUCUGUGGCGCUGAUGGGGAAGAUGAUUAUCAUGACGAGGCGGUCUUUGCGUGCCACUCUGCAGCAAAUAUAGUGCCCUUCUUGAAAACUCAUCAGACUCCAACCCUCAGAAUGGAAACUAACGGUUUCGAAAACCUGGAUAAAAAGAGGCUAGGUCAGGCGGAUGCUCCGAGCCUUGAAGCCUCUCAUAGUUUGGGCCCGACCCAAUAUUGUUUAGCCUCGGAGCGACGGCUUGUCUCAACGCGCCUCUUAAAGCAACAUAGGUAUGAAUGGCAAUUUGAUCUAUUUUAA